AUGGCCGAUGGAGCACCGAAGCCGAGCAGCAGCGUGAAGCUUGUUCUGCUGGGCGAAGCCGCUGUUGGAAAGUCUUCGCUGGUCCUGCGAUUUGUGAACAAUGACUUCCAGGAGAACAAGGAGCCAACGAUUGGAGCCGCCUUUCUGACGCAAAAAUGCAAUCUGCCAACGCGAACGAUCAAAUUUGAGAUAUGGGACACGGCCGGCCAGGAACGGUUCGCCUCGCUCGCCCCGAUGUACUACCGCAAUGCCCAGGCCGCGCUGGUGGUGUACGACCUGACUAAGCCGACGUCCCUGAUCAAGGCGAAGCACUGGGUGGCCGAGCUGCAGCGCCAGGCAUCACCGGGAAUCGUCAUCGCACUGGUCGGCAACAAGCUGGAUCUGACGGACAGCGGCGGCGCGGCGACGCCAAACCCAGAUGCCGAGGCCGGCGACGAAGCCGAGAGCACGGACGCGCGCAAGGUCAGCACGGAAGAGGCCCGGACAUAUGCGGACGAGGAGAGCCUGCUGUUCUUCGAGACCAGCGCCAAGACCGGCACCAACGUGGCCGAGGUCUUUACGGCAAUCGCAAACGCCAUUCCGGAGACGUCGCUCAAGAGCGCCCGGGGAGGCGUCGGCGGCGCUGCCGGAGCCGGUGCUCGAGCUGGUGGCGGUACCGACGGCAACCGCGUGAAUCUGCACGGCGCGCGGGAUCAGGGCGCGAAGGAGGGUUGUGCCUGCUGA